GCUCGUGUGAAACAGACGCCGUGCUGUUCCUUUCCUCAGAAGCUAGCCGCCCGUAGCGACAUCGCAACCGUCAGGUCACUCCCGCGCGUCCACACUCAAAGACCCACAUCACCCAUGGAGCUGGUAGAGUCCUCACAGGGAAACACCGCAGUUACCUCCAGGCUUGUUGGAGGAGAAACAAAUGAGCCAGUCUUUAGGCUGAAUCUUCCAGCAGGAUUCAGCGUCGUGGUGGACGACGUGGACACGGGCAGCCACGAGCAGCUGCAGCUGGAGGCCGAGGAGCGCCUCGAGCCGCAGCCGCAGCCGCGCGCCAAGACGCCCGAGGGCGAGGACGCCCCCGCACCGGAGGAGCAGCCGCCAGACGCCCGCAUCCGCCAGAUACAGGUGGAAGCUGAGAGCCGCAAGAGCGAGUUCGCACGGCUGCUGGAGGAGCACGCGCAGGUGGUGAUGCAGCUGAAGCAGAUGGAGAGCGACGAGGCGGUGUUGGCGCCCCCUGCCACCACCACCAGCGCCUAGGCGCCACCAAGGCACCAGCCGCCGGCCACAGCCGCCACAGGCCUACGACGGCGAUCCGUCAUUUCUCUCGCACCGUCAUUCCUCCUCCACCUAACCCUCCCCUAUGUCCUCUUCCUCAGGGACGUGAACGAACCAGCUGUCGCACCACAGGGCCGAAUUUUCUUCGUCCCCUUUCUCUGUAAAUUUAGUAUUUGUCUUAGAGCACUAACGUUUCACUGUUGUUGUCAUUCAGUCUGUGUUUCUUGUGAGAUAACGCUAAAUUUACAUUUCGAAUAAGAUUAAUAAUAAACUUUGUGCAAAGGCCACAUCCGAGCCCAGUUCCAUCUCAAGCUCUCUGAGUCCACUCGCUAACUACCCCGCAUUGCCCAUUUACUUAUUUCUCCCAAUCUUAUAACUAAAGUGCAGCUACCCACAGAGGUCCAGUGUAAGCUUAAUCAUUGUACGGCAGCGAAGUUUGGUAGAUAUUCUAUCGUGUUGAUGCGGAGUCGAUUUACGUGGAAAAAUUAGUUCCAGUUUUGUCCACCAGGUGCAAAUCUGGCGCCAUGAGUGCAAGAAAGAUGAUAAAAAUCCUUUCACAUGUAAUGGAUUAGAAAUGGGACACGGGAGGUCCAGUGUAAGCUUAAUCAUUGUACGGCAGUCUGGUAGAUAUUCUAACAUGUUGAUGCGGAGUCGAUUUACGCUGAAAAAAUUAGUUCCAGUUUUGUCCACCAGGUGCAAAUCUGGCGCCAUGAAUGCAAGAAAGACGUAUAAAAAUCUUUUCAUAUAUAAUGGAUUAGAAAUGGGACACGGGUAGAAAAGGUGAAACGAGAGAAAGGCACAAUGUUGAUUUUAUUAGUAACUGCCACUUACACAAUGUGUUCAAUAUGAGCACUAGAGACAUUAACGAAUGUUGUACAGCGCCAGAUUUGCACCUGAUGACCAAAACAGAAAUUAAUUUUUUUUACAGCAUAAAUCGGUUCCGCAUUAACAUAUGAGCAUAUCUGGCAAGUUUCGCUGCAUAUGACAAUUACAGCUUACACUGUACCUCCGUGAGCAGCUCCAUUUCAGUUAAAACCGCCCGAUACUAUCUAGAAACAGUUUUGACUAAAAUUACUGCAGGCAUUCCAGAGCUGUUCUGGAACAUACACAUAUACAUCUAAUUUUAUACACAGAGAGAGCAAAAUAUUUCGCUCACAGUGCCACAUAUUCAGUUACACUCUUCUAAGCGCUGCUCCUUAUUUACCAAUUAGUACAACAUAUGUCUUAGCCGUAGGAAACAAAAAAUGAUCGAGUAUAAAUCUUAGCUUUUCAGUUAGAUCAUGAAUAUUGUCUACAUUUGGCAUCCAGUGACCAUGCUAGAAUGGAUGCUCUGUCCUCUCUUUCCAUCGAUCAUUCAUUUAAUACCUCCUGUAAGUUUCAAAAUUCGGGGUCACCAGCGCAUGGUACUCCCUCCACAUUCAGCUUACGAACUGGAAGCAUACACAGUGCCACAUAUUCAGUUACAAACGCAAAAGUUUUGUCCUCCAAUUCCUUGUAUCACUAAGUGACAAUGCAACCAGAUUUAAUAAAAUCGAGAAGUGAGUGUUCCCGUGCGCCAGGAAGAAAGACCAACUGGACUGCAAAAUUUGCCCUCGCUGUUGACAGUAUUUUUCCUACAGCUCUUGCUCGGUUUUUCUCCUUAUAGCUCCAACUUCGCAUGGCAUAAGACUGUACGCACUUCUUACUGUCGGAACAUGGGGUCCACAAGUUCUUACACGAUCACCCGCGCUCCACAAUUAAAUGAGUUUUUCCCAUAUCUUUCCAAUAUCAUCUUGUAACAUCUGGACUUUGGUGUGUUGUGUCAAACAUCUGUGGUAGAAUAAUAUAUCCGAAGUUUAACGCUCUUCAGUGUCUCAUUAAAUAGUUUACUUAUUCCAUUAUUUUGUGAGCAGCAAGUCUAUAAGGGGAAAAAUGAUAAUGAUUCUUGACUUGGGUGCAGUCUUCGAAAUAAUUUUCCUCCAUUUCGACUCAUGCUGUACAUAGAUUCAUUGACAACACUCUUCUAAGCGCUGCUCCUCAUUUACCAAUUAGUAAAACAUAUGUCUUAGCCGUAGGAAACAAAAAAUGAUCGAGUAUAAAUCUUAGCAUUUCAGUUAGAUCAUGAAUACUGUCUACAUUUGGCAUCCUGUGACCAUGCUAGAAUGGAUGCUCUGUCCUCUCUUUCCAUCGAUCAUUCAUUUAAUACCUCCUGUAAGUUUCAAAAUUCGGGGUCACCAGCGCAUGGUACUCCCUCCACAUUCAGCUUACGAACUGGAAGCAUACACAGUGGAUGUCAUAGAGAGCAUGAUGUUAUUGGGCUUCGAUGUCGCUUUUCAAGCCAUUAUAUUUCAUUGAUGGAUGUUGCCAUGACAACUGAAUAAGGUUGAAAUACGUCUUUCCUGUCACAAACCAUUACUGCGUUGCUUAAAUAAUCUUUUUUUUUUUUAGUUUUAUUUACUUCACAGAGAGACUAAAGUUGGUCUGUUGAUACUAAUAAAGACUUAGUGACCACAGAUCACACAAUCAGCUACAAGUAUGCGUUUUAAAACACCAGCCGACUGGUUAUCGGACUAUUCUUUCUACCUUAUUCAGUAUGUAAACCAUGGUCGUGAAUACUAAAUAGCAAACGGUAAUCUGAUCCAAUGACCGUACCAGAUCGUUCGUGUUGUAUUAGCUAUACACAGUGUACCAAAUCUCUGUCGUUGCGCUUAUGUCUCCCCCUUAUUAUGUCGGUUUUCAUGCUUUAUCUUCCACCCUUCUCCAUUAGGUUUAGAUGUCUCCUUUCCAUUCCUAUUGAAUGUGCAGAUAGUGUCACCAGUGCCAUCUGGCGGCUCGAACUUUAAAUAUGAAGCAUUAUAGGAAAUAAGACCAUUACUGAUCAGAAUAUUAAUGCGCACCAAAAAAUAGUUUCUCACAGGUUAACGUCAAACUGAUGAUAAUUAGCGACCGAGAUAUAGGAGGAAAAAGAGAUAAUGCAUAAAACACGACAUUAUUGGCUGCUAGAUGGUAUUAGUGUCAACUAUCGCAAGAUACUUGCCAAAGGAUGUGCUAUGGUUUCAUGUGCCACUACAGGCAGGAAACGGAGUCGAGAAAGGAAUGCUGUUAUACAUCCAUCAAAAUUACUUUUAAGACUUCUUGGAGAAGCAUGAAAGUAUGUGCUUUUUACAAUCUUGAUAUUUUUGACAUAAACCGAUCUUCUGGAGCUAUAAAAUAUAUUUCAGAUCUUAAUAUCACAGUAGCACUUCUCUUCUGCUUGCCCACUGUUUAUUUCAUUUGGGUACCGUCUCUGACGCCAAACACAUAAAAAGAGGGAAAGCGAAAGAAUGCUAUUAUCUACAUUAUGAUACAACGUUUCAAACGAUUUUCUAAAUUAUUCGUGUGCUAAAUAACUAAACUCUUAAAAUUACGUUCUUACAAAAUAUGAAAUUCCAGUUCGUUAUACCCCCUAAAUAUUUCGACCACUUGUCUUCAGUCGGCAUGUACACGAACAUCCUUGCAUCGAUCAGAAUCUGAUAUUUUCGACAUUAAAGAUAUUGCGAAAGAGGAAAAAGUAUUUUUAAUACGAGAAUAAGCAGGGGAGUCUAUUUAUUGUCGUUAUCCCAGUCAAGUCAUGCAUUGUUCCGCUUCAAAAAUAUAACGAGCCAGUUUGAAAACAUGUUGAAAAAAAACACAGAAAAUUGUACAUUAAGGUACUACAACAUAGUUGAUAAAUAUUUGUGUUGUUGCAUGUUACAAAUAUGUAGUCUGGUUCAAUUAAGAAAUAUGAAACUAGAGUGAAAGAAAAGGAGUGGGACGAUUUGACAAUACUUUAUAUGAAUUAAUGUAAUUAUUGUGGAUAGAGGAUUGUUAUAAUUUACGUAUCAUGAGUAGUAAUUAGGAUUUAGAUAAUAAUACAUUUUUGUAUCAAUAUGUGUACAAAACUGAAAAUAAAUUUUGUUAACUA